GGGGGGGCUGUGGUUUUGGCUAUGAGUUCCCAGAAAGGCAACGUGGCUCGUUCCAGGCCUCAGAAGCACCAGAAUACGUUUAGCUUCAAAAAUGACAAGUUUGAUAAGAGUAUUCAGACCAAGAAAAUUAAUGCAAAACUUCAUGAUGGAGUAUGUCAGCGCUGUAAAGAAGUUCUUGAAUGGCGUGUAAAAUACAGCAAAUACAAACCAUUAUCAAAACCUAAAAAAUGUGUUAAAUGUUUACAAAAGACAGUGAAAGAUUCUUAUCACAUAAUGUGCAGACCAUGUGCCUGCGAACUCGAAGUUUGUGCAAAAUGUGGAAAGAAAGAAGACAUUGUUAUUCCGUUUAAUGAAGAACCAGAUAGAACAGAAUAUACUGGAAAUAAUAAAAGUUCCAACCAUAGAAGAAGCUGCAGAAGAAAUGAAGAAAGUGAUGAUGAUUUGGAUUUUGAUAUUGAUUUAGAGGACACAGAAGAUAACAAUCAAGUGAAUUAA